CGAGGCCCAAGAAGACGCUCGCGCAUCCAGCACCUCGCCGGUUCACCCGGCCAACCUGAGUCAUGAGUCCUGCCCCGCGGGCACCCGACGGGUCCCAAACCAAAUUCGCCGCGUUCCCCGGUCCCAACUUCCCGAGCCGCCAGCCCGCCACCGGCUUUGCCUCCGCGACCGCCAGGUGGCGGGCGGCGUGCAGACGCGGUCCCGCAGAGCCCUAGGCCAGGCACGCGCGAGGCAGCCCGCGGGGGCCAUGGAGCGCAAGCAGCCGCCACCGGCGCCGCCGCCGGCGACGCGGCGGAAGGGCGCGGCGCCGAGCCGGAAGUGGCUGGUGGUGCCGGCGGCGGGGGAGCCGCGCGAGGCGGAGCUGGGGAAGCACCGGAUCAUGGAGAUGACGGGGGUGCCCACGCGCGAUCUCCGCGUGCUCGACCCGGACCUCGCCUCCCCCUCCACCAUCCUGGUCCGCGAGCGCGCCGUCGUCGUCAACCUCGAGCACGUCAAGGCCAUCGUCACGGCCACCGAGGCGCUCGUCCUGGACUCCAACAACCCGCUCCUGGGACCCUUCCACAAGGACCUGCACGCCCGAGUCGCGUCUCCGGACGUCUCUAGCACGGGUUCAGCGACUGAUCGUAGCAACGAGCCAGAGCAGGGCGAGGGUAACGGGCCAACAGUGGCUCCCUGCAGGGCUGGGAGUGCCAAGACCCUGCCCUUCGAGCUCAAGGUGCUCGAGGUCUGCCUCGAGCACACAUGCAAGUGCUUGGAAUCUGAGACGGUGGCUCUUGAGAAGGAGGCGUACCCGGCCUUGGAUGAGCUGACCUCCAAGGUUAGCAGGCUGAACUUGGAGCACGUCAGGCACAUCAAGAACCGGCUGGUCGCGUUGUCAGGGCGCGUGCAGAAGGUCAGGGAUGAACUCGAGCACUUGCUGGACGAUGACAUGGAUAUGUCUGAGAUGUACCUGACAAGAAAACUUGCAUUCCAAGGGUUCACUGAAACGUUGAGCAGGGUGGAUUCAAAUAAGGAUGCAUCCACGGAUCACGACGAGAAGGAGGAAGAAGAUCGUGACGACGAGACAGACACUGGCCGCGAAAGUUCUGCCUAUGUUAAGCCUGAUAUUGAAGAGUUGGAAAUGCUUGUUGAAGCCUACUUUGUGCAGAUUGAUGGCACGCUGAACAAAUUGUACAAUCUCCGAGAAUACGUGGACGACACCGAGGAUUACAUCAACAUAAUGCUGGACGAGAAGCAGAACCAGCUGCUGCAAAUGGGCGUCCUGCUGUCAACGGCGACCGUCGUGGUCACCGCAGGCAUCGUGGUCGUGAGCUUGUUCGGCAUGAACAUCCACAUCGAACUCAUGAAAGAUCCGGAGACCGAUGAGGAGGCGAGGAUCAAGAACAUAAAGUUUUGGGAGACCACCUGCGGCACGGUGGCCGGGUGCCUUGCGAUAUAUCUCCUAGCGAUCUACGCGGGGAAGAGGAGCAAAAUCCUGCAGUGAUGGUGCUCUUCUCAAGUGUCGCGAUGCGAGCUCAGGCCUCCGUUUAGGACCGGCACGAAAUUCUUCGGUUGCGUGUGUGAUGCAAUAAUUGAGAUGAUUGUGCCCUUGUUGCUCUUCUAGAUUUAGCACGUUGAUCCUAGUUUUUCGUCUAGGCUGUCCUUUUUCUUUGUCCUAGCAUAUAAUAGGCUGCCUUUCGUUUUCCUGCAUAAAUGUUUGUGUCAAAGACGGCUAGUUUUCGUUUCCUUAAUUAAGGGUCUGUUUAGCACUUCCAGAUA